GCGAGUGUCUUUCAUAUCAUUGCACAGCGGUGGUGAAAAUACACGAAGAAGACAGGGCCCCCUCAGCUGAGGAAAAUGGCCGACGUUGAGAUGGACAUCGCGUCCAGGAGAAUGAAUAAUGGCAACGAACACGUGAAGCAAGAUCUGGAGAGCCAAGAAAGAAGUGGGAACGAGGACAGCGGAGAUGUGUCCGAGGAAGAAGAGGAGGAAGAGGAGGAGGCUGAAACCAACGGUGAGAAAACAGAGGAGGGGUCCAAGCAUCACAGCAGCAGCGGUAAACACAAGAGGAAAAAACACAAGCAUCGUAGUAAGCACAAAAAGCACAAACAUGCCUCUGAUGAGGACAAGGACCGCAAACGCAAGCAUCGCCACAAACAUAGGAAACACAAACGCAAAGAGGGCUCCUCUCCCUCUGCUGCUGCCCUCUUUGGCUCCUCCGCCCAUAGAAAAGUCGAAUCCUCUCCCUCCUCUGGAAAUCCGAGUCUGGACGACAGGGCCUUGCUGGAGGAAUUGGAGAAACAGAGGGCCAUGAUCAAAGCUGAGCUGGACAGCCAGUUGAUGGAGGGCAAAGUUCAGUCUGGCAUGGGUUUGAUCCUUCAGGGUUAUAACUCUGGAUCAGAAGAGGAUGGAGAUGCGAGAUUCAGGAAUGGAGAACAGCGUCAGAGGGGCAGCUCAGGUAAACCCAUCUCUCCCAGAGCGGGGAAAAGUGGGAAAUCUAGACGGGACUCAACAGAGGCCAGUAAAUCAGCCUCCAAGCGUCGUAGUCGGAGCAAGUCUGCAGACAGGCCCGUCAAGGAGCCUAAGCAGGACAAGGUGACCAAAAGCAGCAAGGACACUGGUGUUAAAGACAGGGGACGAGGCAGGAGCAGGUCAAAAGAUAGGAAGCAUUCAGAUAGCACUGAUAGGUCGAAGGAGAGAAGGAAGUCCAACUCUCCUUCCAGCUUUAGAGCAGAGCCGAAAGGCAGCCGCACGGAUAAACGUCCCUCUCCUCAACGGGACGACAGACCAAACCAGGAAAGAGCGAGCAGACGGUCGAGAUCCACUGGGCGAGAACGGCCAAGUCGCUCAGAAUCUGACAGGGACAAACGGCCAGCCAAGUCCCCAUCCAAAGAUGCUUCAUCGGGAAAAGAGAACCGCUCCCCUCAUAGACGAGCUCCUGUCAGCCCAGCGAGGAAACGCAGUGCUUCCCCUCGACACAGAGAUGCACGCCAUCCCUCGGCUGGUGCCGCAGACAGGGCAUCAAAACAGAGCCACUCUCCAUCCAGAACAAGGUCUCCACCCAGGAGACCCCGCAGCCGCUCGCCAGACGUUAGGAGGAGGGAUGCUGACAGACAGGACUCACCAAUGAGGAAGCGUCCACGGCCAGAUUUAGGAAUGGGCAGAGACAGAUCACGAGAGAACAGUCCCCGGGCGUCCUCUUGGCGGAGGAUCAGUCGCUCACCUUUAAGACGGAGGUCUCCAUCUCCACGGCGACGCUCCCGUUCUUCCCCCCGGAGACGGAGCAGGUCUCCGCUGGGGCACAGGUCUGGGGAGAGAGACAGGUAUGGUAGACCUCGACAGUAUAGACGCUCAAUGUCCCGCGAUCGGGAAAGAAGGAGAAGACGCAGCAGAGAUGAAGACAAAUUUAAGGGCAGCCUUUCAGAGGGAAUGAAAGUUGACCAGGAAUCCUCAGAGGAAGAAGUGUUGGAGGACUUUGACGGUGAGGAGGUAGAUGAAGAAGCUCUCAUCGAACAGCGCCGCCAGCAGCGUCUGGCCAUCGUCCAGAAAUACAAAGUGGGGAACGACGACUCCAACAUGAUCUCGGAGCCCAGCAGCCCCCAGAGCAGCACGCGCAGCCGUUCCCCCUCACCCGACGACAUCCUGGAGCGAGUGGCGGCCGACGUGAAGGAGUACGAACGCGAGAACCUCAACACCUUUGAGGCCAGCAUCAAAGCCAAGCACAACCUCAUCGCCCAGGAGAAAGACGGAGCCAACCCAAAGAAGCCUUCAGCCCCCGACAUGUUUACGGAGUCAGAUGACAUGUUUGCUGCUGACUUUGACAGUGCCAGGAUGAGAGCAGCAGGGGUAGGGAAGGACUUCAAGGAGAACCCCAACCUCAGGGACAACUGGACGGAUGCUGAGGGUUACUACCGUGUUAAUAUCGGCGAGACACUGGACAAGCGCUAUGACGUGUAUGGCUACACCGGCCAGGGUGUGUUCAGCAACGUGAUCAGAGCCAGGGACACUGCCAGGGCUGGCCAGGAGGUGGCAGUCAAGAUCAUCCGAAACAACGAGCUCAUGCAGAAGACUGGUUUGAAAGAGUUGGAGUUCCUCAAGAAGCUGAACGAUGCCGAUCCCGACGACAAGUUCCACUGCCUCCGACUCUUCAGGCACUUCUACCACAAGCAGCAUCUUUGUCUGGUGUUUGAGCCUCUGAGUAUGAAUUUGCGCGAGGUGCUGAAAAAGUACGGUAAAGAUGUCGGGCUCCACAUCAAAGCUGUGCGCUCCUACAGCCAGCAGCUCUUCUUGGCCCUCAAGCUGCUCAAACGGUGCAACAUCCUCCACGCCGACAUCAAGCCAGACAACAUCCUGGUAAACGAGUCAAAGACCAUCCUGAAGCUGUGCGACUUUGGUUCAGCGUCGCACGUCGCCGACAAUGACAUCACUCCAUAUCUGGUCAGCAGAUUUUACAGGGCUCCAGAAAUCAUCAUAGGAAAGCCGUACGACUACGGCAUCGACAUGUGGUCCGUCGGCUGCACCCUGUACGAGCUUUACACCGGCAAAAUCCUCUUCCCCGGAUCUUCCAACAAUCACAUGAUCAAGCUAGCGAUGGACCUCAAGGGCAAGAUGCCCAACAAGAUGAUCCGGAAAGGCUUGUUCAAAGACCAGCACUUCGAUCAGAAUUUGAACUUCCUGUACAUUGAAGUAGACAAAGUGACAGAAAGGGAGAAGGUGACGGUGAUGAGCACCAUCAACUCCACCAAAGACCUGCUGGCAGACAUGAUAGGAGGCCAGCGCCUGCCCGAGGACCAGAGGAAGAAGGUUAUGCAGCUGAAGGACCUGCUGGACGGCACGCUGAUGCUGGACCCGGCCAAACGCAUCAGCAUCAACCAGGCUCUGCAGCACCCCUUUAUCCAGGAGAAGAUCUGACACCCUGAACGCCACACACACUCCCUGAGCAGACGGACAGAACCGACCACUAAACCAGCUCUGACAGGGACUCUGCAGCGAGGCAGCCGACUCACAGACUUCUAUUCAGAAUGUCAUUGAUUUUUUUUGUUCUUCCUUUACAUCAUUUUGUUUAUGGAUACAUAAUUGUGUUUUAAUGUAAAUAGAUAAUUGAAAUGGUAGCCAUUCUUGAAGAUUUUGCGAUUAUUGGCGUAAACCUCCCCUCAUAACCCGCAAUGCAGUUUCAGACUUCUUUUUUUUUUAAUUUAACUGGCAUUGGAGUGACAGAUGUUUAAAAGAAAAUGAUUCCUGUAAAUACUGUAUGUCUAUUGCAUUAACAAUCUAAAGCAGCAGACAGUUGAAUUUUGUCUUAGUGUCGGAUGUCUAAAUUCCCUUUCCUUUUUUUUUCUUUUUGUUUUUCAGCCACAUUGCUCAUUGUGGGGCGAUGCAUGCUCUUGAAUGUGCACCCUCUGUGCUCUAGAUUACUGUGGUGCAGGCCUGUGUAAAUGCUCUGUAUGUGCAUCAGUGUCCCACACACAAACACCUCCACCCCAAACAAGUCUUCAGGCCUUGAAGUCUGAGCUGAAGGAAUAGAUGCAUAGUAUGUACUCCUCGAACAAGAGUUGUUUUUAUUUUUUUUUUUCGUUUAAAUUUCAAAGCAGGUAGUAAUCGUUUUCUGUUGGUCGCAUAUCUUUUCGUUUUUUUUUUACCUUCCUCUCCCUCUGGCUUGGUCUUGGCUCUUAAGGCUCUCACAUUCAAGUGCCUCCUGUACGAGCCUAGUUUGUUAAAACAUCAAACAAUCCUGGCCUGUUGAAGCCACACCUUUGACCCUCCUCUCCCACUGUUGUGUAUAUAGUCCAUAGUUACUGUCAUUUCAUGUAUGAUUUCUUUCCAUUAAGUGGUUAAAAAAAAACAAAAAAACAAUCUUGUGAUUUCAAUAAAGAAUAGUUGUGGAAACGCUGAAAGAGCACCUUCAGUAUGAGACAAGUUUUUAGUAAUAAAAUGUUUCCUAUUGUA